UCCUCAUCUGACAUCCUCGCCCUCGACAUCCUGCACCAUGUGGCGAGUCUCGAUUCUGCUGGCCACGACGCUUUCGUUGGCGCUGUGCCGGGGUCUUCCCAGUAACCGGGCUGAGGAAUUCGUGUGUCCUGAGGGCGGCUGGACGCUGGUGGAGACCUCGUGCUUCUUGGUGACCAACACGUCCGGCAACUGGCACGAAGGACAAAGCUUCUGCGAGGGUUUCGAAGCCUCACUCGCUACGGUGUCCAGUGAUGUCCAGCAGGAGGCUCUCACAGGUAUGCUGACUGGAGACACCUGGAUCGGCCUCAGCGAUCUCCAGGGGGAACACGAGUAUUCUUGGGAUGACGGAAGUUCCGUCCAGUACUUAAGGUGGGCGAAAGGUGAACCAAGCAACUCGGGAAGUCUCUGGAUCUUCGGCGAUAGUGAAGACUGCGUCGAGAUGCGGCAGCAGGUCGGGUACCUUUGGAAUGAUGCUCACUGCGAAGACACCAAGCUAUUUAUGUGUAGUCGCCAAGCUGAUCCAGCACCUACUACCACAACAACCACAACCACCACCACGACAACCACAACCACUCCAGCACCCACCUGUAAGGAUGGAUGGGAGAUUUACGGGUUGUCUUGCUACCUGGUGAGUGAAACGACGGCGUCCUGGACUGAAGCCAAAGACAGCUGCAUCGGUCUCGGCGGCGUCCUGGCCUCCAUCACCAGCGAGGACGAGCAGGCGUUCGUGAGCGGGCUGUUGACCCGCAGUGCCUGGAUUGGUCUUAGCGAUCGAAACACUGAAAACGAGUUCAAAUGGGAGGACGAGUGUCAGUUUAACUAUACAAGCUGGCAGGAAGGGGAGCCUAAUAACCACCUGGCUUUCCUGACCUUUGGCGUGGGCGAGGACUGUGUGGAGAUGAAGAAAGAGUACGGCUACCUCUGGAACGAUGAGGGCUGCUCCUCGAACAAGGCGUUUGUGUGCGAACGACCUGCAGAGUAACGGCCGUGUGUUCUUCCAAGUUACAACAAGGAAUAGCAUAUAAUCUUCCGCCAUGGAGAUACAUAAGCAAGAUUCCUUUUCUGAUCAUUUUUGUUGUAUACGAAAUACAAUAAAUGGAACAGCAUCAAUGCAAUAU